AUGACGUCGGCGCAAAUGAUAAAAGAAAUCGUCGAGGGGCUGAACAAGCAUCCCUUCUCCAUGAAAACAAGCCUCGUGGCAUUUGACCAAGAAAAACCGCAAGGUCUCCUUGAAAUUUUGGGCAAAGUAUUGGCUUACGUGGACCCCGAAAGGCAUAAAGUUGACAUCCAGAACGAAAGCCCGGAGUCAUUCUUCCUGCGGGUUGCGGAAGCCGUCCACGUGCUUGGUUACAAUGCUUCGUUUGAUGGGUAUGUCAAGCGGAAGUUUGAGAGGUCUUUCCUCUCUGGGGAAAAGGACACUGUCCAUCCCAUUCUUCACUGGCUUCUGACUAAUCUCGAUCACCACAAAAAGCGAGCUUACCUGGCGAAGUUUCUUGUGAACAUUGAGAUCCCAACCGACUUCCUGGCAAAAGACAGUCAGUUGGCUGAUGCGUAUCAUGAGUACAAAGAGCUGCAGGAGAAGUUCAAAAUCUUCCAUUCUUCAACGGAGCAAGCCGAAAGCAGUAGCGGAGGCUUCUCCGAAUGCAAGCAUGAAAUACAGCGACUAGAAAAAGAAAAGUUUUUGCUAUGCGAGAAAAUUGAAAAGCUGAAGCAGAAGCCAGAAACAGAAACCCAUUUAACCAACUUCCUCAGUGUGGCGAGAGAACUGAGGGCGGCACAGUUGGAAGAAACAACCCUUGCCUUCAGAUCCCAACAGCAGACUGACUAUUUCAACUACCUGUCAGAACAACUGGACACGACCCGAAAACUGCUGCAAGCGCUGCAGGCUCUGAGCGGUGAUCCGGAACGAGGUGCCGCAGCCUAUCUGAAAGUCCUCCGUCAAGAAGAGCGAAGGACAGCAGAAGCCUUGGCUGCUUGCAUUCGCGAGCUCCAGCAGAAGCAGGAACGCCUGGCCGAGGCGGAGGAAACCAACGAAAAGAUCACGGUCUACAAAAAACAACUCCAGAUUCUGAUUGAAAAAAAGAAGGCUCUGGAGCGAGAAGUUCGGAACGAACUCGCUGCCCAGCAAUGCGCCACCAUGAAACGCUCUGCUGCUGAAAACGAAUUCAGAAAUGCCAGGGGCUACUGCUUCAUGAGCAAAGACGAAUUCGCAACUGUAAGAUGUUUCCACAGCAAUCUGAAGACCUCCGGGGCGCAUGACACAUCGGUGGACACCUUGCGCUUCUCUGCAUGAGCUCUGCGCAUGAAAAUCAAACGAGCUUUCUUUCUGUCUCCAGUGCCCGUCGAGUUGCUCCCUGCCUUCUCCUCGAAAACCCUAUAAGCAGCGGGUCUUCCACAGGUUCGGUUCAAGAGAAACGAGGGGUAAUCCUUGCAACAAUCCAGUCCAGCGAACACACACGGUCAUUGCCUUCUCUGCACUGUGGAUCUUGUCGGGUGAAAGUGGCUCUCGGAGUGAAAAGUCAUCUUUGUUUCUGAUGCUGAGAGACUGAAUUGCCGCUAAUAAAACGAUUCCUUCUUGCGUUUG